AUGGCGGAGAUGGUACUAUUUCCUCUUAUCAAUAGGCUGAUUUUCUUAUUGACCCACGAAGCAAAACUGCUAGGAGGCAUCCAUGAAGAAGUAUCUGACAUCAAAGAUGAACUGAUUUUCUUAAUCAACAUGUCUCACGGCCAUGGUAGUCCAGUUCGUGAAGAAACAAGUCCAUAUUUUAGACGGUCGCUGGUAGAGUCAACUUUCCCAUCACCUAUGUUGUCACACUCGGACUCAGAGUCUCCAUUAUUCUUCCCUGACAACAAGUCUCCAAAAUUCUCUCGUUCCAAUUCCAUAGGGUUACUCUUCCCAUCAGUCAGGUCUGAAACAACGGACAGUUCCCAAAAUGAUGAAGAAAUAAUUCAAAAUCCCACGGAACCCUCAUUUUCGCAUUUAUUUCCACCAUCCAAUACCACAUCGGACUCGGAAACUGCCAGUUCAAUAUGUGAUUAUGGACCAACAAAUCUUUCCAUUUCAUUACUCUUUCCUGCCAACAAGUCUGAGACUGAGAAUGAGAAUGAGACUGAGGCCGAGCCUGAGACAAGUAGUUUAUCAUUCACUGGAAGCACUCCAAAUUUGUCGCAAUUCUAUCUGUCUCAUUCCAUAAUGCAAUUCUUCCCACCAGCCAGGUCUCCAAGUCAAACAGACAGUUCCGAAAAUUAUGAAAUAAUUCCAACUGAUUCCCAUGGUUAUGUAUGUAACGGAACACCUCCAGCUCCAGCUCCAAUUCCAAAAUUCUCUCAUUUCAAUUCCAUAGAGUCAUUCUUCCCACCUGCAGCCAAAACAUUGGUGAAACAAGUAAGAGAUGUAGUUUUCCGCAUAGACGUUGCCAUUGACCAAUACUUGCUUCACAUGGCACAACACAAUCCUCACCGACGUGGCUUCACUGGUUUUGUCCAUAAAACUACUCACUAUCUCAAAACAUUGAAACCCCGCCAUAAGAUAGCAUAUGAGAUUCAAAAGAUCAAAGCAUCAAUUCUAAAAAUUAAGGAAAGGACUGAAAGAUAUCACUUCAAAUCCAUUGUUCAUGGAUUGAGUAGCCGUGCUCCAAAUGUUAGGUGGUAUGAUCCUCGAAAAGCUUCCCUUUAUCUUGAUGAUACUGACAUUGUGGGAAUUGAAUUUCAUAGAGAUAAUUUGAUUAGCUGGUUGGUAAAAGGACUGCCACAUCACAUAAUUAUGCUUUCGAUAUUGGGAAUGGGGGGACUGGGCAAGACCACUCUUGCCAAGAAAGUCUACGACCACCAAACUGUGAGAGGACACUUUGACUGCCAGGCUUGGAUCUCGGUUUCUCAAUCAUACAACAUUGAAGAUCUACUAAGGAGCAUGAUAAAGCAAUUUUGUGAGGUGAAAAUGAAGAGUCCUCUUCUGGGAAUGGACUUAAUGGAUGAGGAGUCCUUGAUAUUAAGCUUAAGGAAUUACUUGCAGCAAAAGAGGUAUGUGGUUGUAUUUGAUGAUAUACGAAAAAUAGAUUUUUGGGAGGAUAUAAAACAUGUUUUACCUGAUAAUAGCAAAGCUUCUAGAAUAAUUAUCACAACACGUAAGUGUGAAGUAGUUAAUUUUUGCAAAAAAUCUUGUCCUGUCUAUGUUCAUCAAUUACAACCACUGCCUCCUAGGAAGGCAUGGGAGCUCUUUUGCAAAAGAGCAUUCCGAAAUGACUUUGGAGGACAUUGCCCCUUAGAGUUAGAGGAAUUGUCUCAAGAAAUUGUUGAGAAAUGCCAAGGAUUACAACUAGCAAUUAAUUCUAUAGGUGGUCUAUUAUCAACUAAACACAAAACCAUGUCUGAAUGGAGAAACUUGCAUGACAACCUUGCCUAUGAGUCAGGAACAAAUCCCCAUCUUGCUGGUGUCCACAAAGUUCUAUCCUUAAGUUAUGAAGACUUACCAUACCAUCUUAAAUCUUGUCUCUUAUACUUUGGCAUGUAUCCAGAGAAUUUUCGUAUUUCAUGUAGAACAUUGAUUCGACAAUGGAUAGCCGAAGGCUUUGUCAACGAAAUAAAGGAUAAAACAUUGGAAGAGAUCGGCCAAGAAUACUUGAUUGAGCUUAUUGACAAAAGCUUGGUUCAAGUAUUAGAGGUUGAUGUUGGUGGAGAAGUUAUAGUGUGUGGAAUCCAUGACCUAUUGCAUGAGAUCAUAUUACAAAAGAUGGAAGAUUUAGGUUUUUGUCAUGUUUUGUCAAAAGGGGAGUCAAGUUAUGAAGAACCAACUCGACGUAUGUCAGUCCAUAGAGUUUCAUAUGGUGUCUUGCAAAGAUUUAAGAAAUCUCCCAUCCAUUCUCUUUUAUUCUUCAAUAUUAAUGAAUUGCCCGAAUCCUUUAUGAGUUCAUUUUUAAAAAAUUUCAAGCUUAUGAAAGUAUUGGAUUUUGAGAGUACUCUAUUGGAUCAUCUUCCUGAAGAUGUGGGGAAUUUAUUUCAUUUAAAGUAUUUAAACUUGAAUGGUACAAAAGUAAAGACUCUUCCAAAAUCCAUUGUAAAGCUCCAGAAUCUGGAGACUUUGUCUCUGGAACAAACCCUAAUACAAGAGGUACCUUUUGCAAUCAACAAGCUUCAUAAGCUACGUUGUCUUUUAGCCUACUAUUUUGACGACAACAUGGAUAUCAGUCUUAAUAUUUUAAGAGGAGUUAAAAUACAUGGGAGCAUUGGAUGCUUAAAGGCACUGGGAAACCUACAGUACGUGGACGCAAAUCUUGGAGGGGUCAAAUUGGUUGAAGAUUUGGGAAAGUUGAGCCAAUUGAAGGAUCUAGGCUUGGUAAACCUGACUAAGGAGACUGGAAGGGCCUUAUGUACCUCUAUUGAGAACAUGAACAGCUUAACAGAUCUAUAUGUAAGCUUGAUCAAUGAAGAUGAGGUUGUUGAUUUACAGCCGAUUUCAUCUCCACCUAAAUGUCUUCGAAAGAUCUCCAUGAAGGGGCGUUUAGCCAAGUUGCCAGACUGGAUUUCAGAACUUCAACACCUAGUCUCAAUAAACUUUUAUUGGACAAGGUUAAGUGACGAUCCAUUCAAAGCCUUUCAAAAUCUUCCUAAUCUAGCGGAGCUCAUACUGGAAAUGGAAGCGUACAAUGGAGAGCAAUUGCAAAUUAGGAAAGGAGGAUUUCCAAAACUCAAAGUGCUAGGGCUCGCAGAUUUGACUGAAUUGAUUUCAUUGAAUAUAUACAAAGAAGCGUUACCCCUUCUUGAAAAAUUGAGCAUUGAACGUUGUCCACAACUAAUGGAGGUACCCUCUGGUGUCCAACACCUGAGAAACCUUAGCGAAUUGAUAUUUACAGAUAUGCCCAGUGAAUUCGAACAAAGUUUGGAUCCAAAGCAAGGGUCACAUUAUUGGAUCAUUGAGCAUGUACCAUUCAUCUUCCUCCGUCACAAGGUUCACAAAGGUAUUUUUGGCUAUGAGACCCACAAUCUCAGUUCUAAGUAUUUGGAGAGAUCAAAAGGGACAACAAUCAACCAGGUUGAUGUUACCAACAACAAUAAUGGCAAUGAUAUCAAUGCUUCAGACGAUAAAGGUUAG